UAAGCAGCACUAUAAUCGAAGCUUGUAGAUGUUUUAAAACUCUUGGUUUUAUUGCGACUUUAAAUGUUUAGGGUUUUUAACGACGUCUAACAAUAUAUACUAUCGCGGUAGCUCUUUGUCUGCAAUCACACUUAGGUGUCUUAUAAAUUACUGGAAUAUCUUGAAACCAAAAUAUCAGCAUGAAACGUUUUUAUGUAAGUAUAAACGUUUCCACUUUGUUCUUGUUAUUGACUGCCUUAAUUUCUGUUGGAAUAUGCGAGAACAUAAAUGAAACAAUUGAUAACCUUUUCAACAACUGUUUGAACAAUGUCUGCGAUAUGAUACAGUGUCCUCCAGUGACCGAAUGUCCAAACGGUGAAAUAAUCAACAGUGCUUCUCUUUGUGGGUGCUGUCCCCUCUGCGUUUCAUACAUAGAAAAAGGCGAACUUUGUGGACAAGGACCAACAGCUGCUGCUAGCUUGUGUAAGCCAGGUCUGUCAUGCAACAAGGAUACUAAAAGAUGUGACGAACAAAAUGGACCAUGUGUUGAAGAGCGAAAUCAUCGACUUUCCUUGUUAGAAAAUAAAGAUUAUAACUUUACUGAAUCCUUAUGGCUUCCAGAAUGUGACAGCAAUGGCAAUUUUAAGAAAAAACAGUGCAAAGGAUCCAAGUGUCUGUGUUUUGAUGAAAAUGGAAACAGGAUCUUUGGUCUAGCAGAAAGGGCUUUAGCCGAAAAUAUGACCUGUGAGUGUUCUCGAGAAAUGUGGAAAAGAAAAAAUGAUGAAGGUCUUGAGUGGAUGACAUCUCCUCACGAACAUUGUGACUCUAUGGGGAACUACGACGAACUUCAAUGCAAAGAUGAGAUAUGUUACUGUGCUGACCCAAUAACAGGAGAUCCGAUGGGAGAAGCUACCCACAUAGCUGGAUUUCAUCUGCUUUCUUGUUACAACGAAGAGACACAUGGAAAAACGUAUUUGCGGCAAUGUGAAAAACAACUUUACAGAGCCCAGUCUCUUACGUACCAAUUCCAUAACAAAGGUAUCCGAAUUUUAGGCCUUGUAAAUAUAGCAUGUGGGUUGGAUGGAACAUUUGACCUUAAACAGUGUCAACCUGACAGAUGUUCCUGCACGAAUAAGUUUGGGGCAUCCAUCAAGAGUUAUACGAAGGAAAAAUCUUCAGGAAUCACAAAUAAAAUGAUUUGCGCCUGUGCACGAGAUCAAAACGACAUAGAAACAAAUCAUGCACGAUAUCCAUUGUUAGAUUGCACGGACCUAGGAAACUUCAAAGAGUACCAGUGUUUUGGAGAUGAAUGUUUCUGUGUAGAUAGAGAUGGAGUGCAAAUUAGCCAAACCGAGCAGUUGGUACCAGAAGUCGUAGGAAACUGCAUAAAGAUGGACAAAUGUCUGUACGAAAGCAGUGAAUGUUAGGCCUAAUAUUUCAAACUUCUUUGUGGAGUCUAUAAACCUUGCAUACGAUUCUACAUGGUAAAGAAAAUUUCAGUAUAUUAACUGUCGUGAAAACAACAAAAUCAUGAAACUUUAAUAGCUAUACGUGACUUUGUGAUAAUUUCUUUACAAAUUAUUCAUAAAAUAAAAAUUCUUUAAUAGUUCUCUAAUUAUCAAUUAUGAAAAUCAUUAUUUACAUUGUAUAUUCAAAGAGAUUUCAAUAAAUGAAUAUAUUU